AUGGCUAUAAUCCUCGGGAAACGGAAGCGACGGGUCGAGGUGCAGCCCGAGUCGGCGCCGAAGAAGAAAGUCAUUCAUGAGGAGAGCGAAGAUUCUGGAGACGACGAUGAUGCGGCACGAGCGCUUUUCCAAAAGGCCUUUGAGGCGAAAUUUCAACCCCUGGAGAAGUCGACAACACCGUUACAAAAUGAAUCCGAGGAAGACGAGGAGGAUCUGGGUGAUUCGGAGGAUGAAGAAGACGGGUCCGACUGGAGCGGGUUGUCCGGUGGCGAGGAGGAAGUCGAAAUCGUCGAGCAUGCAAACCCGGAGCGUUCACGAGGCGAGGAACUUCGCCUGAGCAAGAACAAGUUUAUGGUACGCGAAACUCACCCACCGCUCUCGAGACUUACGCUGACGUUCUUCUAGUCUUCGAAGCCACCGACGCUGGAAGACGAAGUACAGGCACCCCGAACGAAUGUGAAGACCACUUCCACCGAGGCAGACGGCACUGAAGCGGCAAAUCUAAAGAACGAUCUGGCUCUCCAGCGUCUGCUCAAAGAAUCCCACUUGCUGAACCCAUCGUCAUUCAGCGCGUCUUCCGAUCCAGAGGGAAAGGGAAGAUUGAAAGCUCUCGAUAUGCGUCUCCAAGACCUGGGCGCGAAGACUUCUGCGCUUGAGCAGGAGAAGAUGCCGUAUUCCCAUCGAAGAGGCAUCAAAGCUAAAAGUGCAAGUCGCGAAGCGAAUCGAAGGAGAGAAGCUGCUGAAAACGGUAUCAUUCUGGAAAGGGCUAAGAGCACGCCCAGAGCUCAGCCCAAGCGGGAUCGAGGCAUCGGUGGGCCUGGCGUUGGCAAAUUCAGAGGUGGAACACUACAGCUGAGCUCACGUGACUUGCGAGAUAUCCAGAAACCUCGCUCUGGUCCGGGUGACAGGAGAGGACGGGGAGGGAAGCGAUGA